CCCAACCGUAGGUUCUACUCCAAGCACGGACCUAGUGCCUAUGCUAACAUCGAAUGCUAAGAUGGUGUCUACGGCUUCCACCGCAACAACUUUUACAGCAACGACUUCUACAUCAACAAACUCUACCGCAACGGCUUCUACAGCUACGGCUUCACCGUCAAGGACGUUAGCCACAACGACUUUUACAUCAACGUCAAAGAUGUCCACCUACCAAACGACAAUACCGUUUGACACGACCCGACCUGAAACUGAACUGAGCAUCAAUAGUGCUGUUCCAACAUCCAUCAACACAGAAAGCGAUGGUCGAGUUUUGAUGAAGCCGAUCACAUUUGGUGGAAAAGGAAAAUCUCAAGGAAAGUUCCAGUAUCCCAACGCAGUGGCCGUCUCUGCUGAAAAUGAAAUAUAUGUGUUAGAUGUUGACAACAGACGGAUCCAAGUCUUCAACAAGAAUGGGGUCUUUCUCCGCCUCUUCAAAACGGUGUACGAAGUACCGGGUAAAGAGAAACAAACUAUUCACCCUUACGAUGUCGCAAUUGACGCAAAUGGUUUUGUAUGGGUAGUGGGAGAUAUAAGAGAUGAAUUACAAGUAGUACAGUACAGCCAAAUCGGCAAGCAAAUGUCUACAGUCGACCCCAAGUCCUCUACCUACUUCCCAGCCAUUGCAGUGAAUGUACUAAACGGCAACAUCGCUGUGGUCACGAAAGGUAACACUAUUUUUGUGUUUCUGCCCGAUGGUUCAGUAUACAACAGAUUCCAAUUGGUUGGUGGAGUAGACGUCUCUUUCGUCACAUUCAAUAAUGAAGGUAACAUCCUUUUUACGGACGCAAUGCGUAAUACUGUCCAUGAGUACACUCGUGAUGGAGAUAAGCUUUUCCAGUUCGGAAGUAAAGGGCGUGGUGAAGGUCAACUGCGCAGCCCUGCACGUAUCUGUACGGACAGCUCGGGGAACAUCUUCGUGUCCAACGUGAGAAAUAAAAGGUUUGACAUGUUCACCAGCCGUGGGGAGUUUGUCCGCACAGUUUUUAGCACAAAAUCGCCAGUCGGGCUUGCUUGCGGACCGGAUGGACAGUUGGUGGUAACUGAUGCACGGUCUCAUACUGUGACAAUCAUUCCUCGCCAGUUGGUAUUGUCGGGAUGAUAUUAAUAUUGUUUGGCGAUGUCAAAUUUUCUCAUUUUUGUACUUUUCUAUACUAUAAAUGUACU